AUGUCUGCAGUGGAUCCCAUCAAACUCACACUGAGGGGGAGUCCUCGAGAGAUUGGAAUCGAACACGGCCGGUCUUUGCGCGACCAAAUCCGAGACCAGAUCAGCAUCUACGAAUCUAUGUUUCAGUAUACCUCCAAGCUAUCCUGGCCCGAUGUACGAAAAAUUUCCAAAGACUUCCAACCUUCACUCCAGAAACUGGUCCCAAAUAUCUACGAGGAGAUGGAAGGAAUCGCUGAAGGGGCAGGACUAGAUAUCCUGGAUAUAGUUGCUCUCAACUGCCGCAGUGAGAUCGCUUUAGGGAAGUUCUCCGAUGGCUGCACUGCUCUGAGCUUAAGAAAGAGCAAUAAUGCGAGAAUACUAUCUCAGAACUGGGAUUGGACUGUGAGAGUAUCGAAGAAUUUGGCAAUGAUAUCGAUUGAGCAAACCGGAAAGCCGACCAUAUACAUCGUAACUGAAGCUGGGAUUGUCGGGAAGAUUGGAUUCAAUUCCGCCGGUGUUGGAACAUGCCUAAAUGCCAUCCGAGCCAAACCGAUGAUUAGCAGCAAAGUCCCUAUCCAUGUGGCGCUUCGACUAUGCCUUGAAAGUACGUCGGUCGACAAUGCAGUAAAGACUCUCGAGUCUCUAGGAGGUGUCGCAUCGGCUCAGCAUAUUCUCAUUUCCGAUACCAGAACUGCCCUGGGGCUUGAGCUAUCACCUGUUGGAAAUAAGUAUAUCACUGAAGACGAAGAUGGUCUUAUUGGGCAUACAAAUCACUUCAUUGAGAACCGAUAUGUUGAGGAACCACCAUGGUUAACAGGAUCCCCAAUUCGCUUGAAACGUGUGGGAGAAUUGGCCCGGGAGCUCAUAGCGGAUGGAGCUGGAGAUGCCAUCACGCCUUCGGUAUUACGGGAUCAAGUCUUCUCUGAUACCUUUAAUUCACCUCAAGCAAUCUGUUGCUCUGAAGAUCCGGAUCGAGAUAUUUCAACACGGAGUAGUACAUUGUUUAAUAUUGUGAUGAAUUUGGAGCCAGAGAAACUAGGAGCUGAAGUUAUUUUUGGUCGACCAGGCUCUGGACUAGAGGGACCAGUAUUAAGGAUGCCCUGGACUUGA